AUGUAUCCAAUAUCCAGGAGUCACGCGGUUCUCGCCAAGGUCAACUCAGCCAACCAACUCAAAUUGACAGUUACUGGUUCCGCCGCCAAAAAUUUCUAUUUUUUCCCCUCCCUUCAUCGACUCAACUCAACUACAAUACAAAUUGCGGCUGGCAAGGAGAAAAAAGAAGAAGAAGUGAGAAGUGCAAACACCACGCCUCGGGCAGCUCGUGUAUAAAAGCGGUCUGAUCUACCGUCAAACAGCACUUCAGCUCGGAAUUCCUCAGCUUCUCAUCAACAUGCAGGCCAAGAUGUGAGUUUCAAUUACAUAUAAAACUUCGAAAAAAGCUCCAAAAUAUGGGGAAAAUUAUUUUCUUUCCUGAAUGAAGCUCUAAAAAUCAUCGUUUGUAUUUUGAGAAGCAAAAUUCGAAUCUCUUACAAAACUUUAAUAAAAAAUCAAUAUGAUUUCCCUUCCUAAUAAAAUCUUCUGAGCUCAAGAAAACUGACUAAUUUCGUACAGGAAACUUGGAAAUAACCUUAUAAAAUUUUACCUUUCCUAAUCUUAUACAAAAAUAUGAAUGUUCCAUUGAAAAACCAGUUGGACCUAUGUUUCAGAAAGAGAUAAAAAACGUAAUCUUCAAAAGAUUAAUAAUCACAAACUUGUUUUUUGCCUAGAAGCAGCACUAACGUACAAAAAACUUUUCUAAUCGCGAAAUUAACCUAAAAAUUGAAUAAUACUUCAGUAAAUCUCCAAGUUUUCAGACUUGUGUCCGAAAAUGACUUUUUAAAUAGCCAGCAAGCUGUUUAAUUUGUUCAAGAAAACUCCGAGUCCCUUUUUGCAUUCUCCUUUAAAUUUUUUUCCAAAGCAUCAAUUUCCAGCCUCCUCCUCGUCGCCCUCGUCGUCCUCUGCACGAUCGUCAGCGAGACCUCCGCCCAGUACUACGGUUACGGUGGAUAUUACCCAUCCUACUACGGUAGCUACGGAUACGGUGGCUACGGCUACGGCGGAUACGGAUACAGCGGAUACCCCUACUACGGUUACGGCUAUGGCAAGCGCGAGGCCGGUUUCGGUCCGUCGCAGACCCAACAGAACUGA